AUGUCAUCAACUUUAGCCUCUUCACAACGAUCAUCAUCAGGUUCAUCAGCAGUAGCCUCUUCAGAUUUUGAUGCCAAUUCGGGUAGUAUUAUUACAGUUAUUAAAACAUUGUUUGAAAAUUAUUCUAAACGUACAUCACAAAGAGUUAAAAUAGUUGAUCAAUAUAUAUUAUUAUGUGUAUUAGUAGCAGUUGUACAAUUUGUUUAUUGUCAAAUUGUUGGUACAUUUCCAUUUAAUGCAAUGUUAGCUGGCUUCUUUACUUGUAUUUGUUCAAUGGUAUUUGCUGUUUCUUUAAGAAAACAAUUAAAUCCUGACACUGCAAAGGAAUUUAAAACUAUUGUUUUAGAAAAGAGUAUUGCUGAUUUUGUUAUCAUUUCUAUUUUAUUGUUCUUUGUUGCUGUUAGUUAUUUAGGUUAA